UUUUUUCACUGAGACGCAUGGUUUAUAUAGGGUUGCUAUUGAGGGGUAUCUACAUGUUUUACCAGAUUUACUGAUAAACAACUUGGAAAGUGUAGCAUAUUCUGGCCUAUUUGUAGUAAACCAGUUGAUUUCCAAUCAAUCAAUAGCCCCCCAGUGACCGGUUUUGGAGAAAAAUCCCAUUCUACAUCGCGUUUUUCCUCUACUUCUUCUUUAUCUUUUGACAUAUGAACGAUCAAUAUACCGACUUCUUUUGUCCUCCUCUUUGGAGACAACGAAGGAUUUUCAUUCAAGAAGCAUUAACUCGAUUUAAAGCUGGAUCGGUUCUUGAUUACGGAUGUGGAGAAGCAGCUGUAUUAUCCUUUCUUAUUCCCGAAUCAACCUAUCCCAUUCAAAAACUAGCAGGCAUUGAUAUCUGUGACCAAGUUCUGACAGAAGCCAUUGACCGUUGUACACCAUGGUCUUGUGACUUUAGUCACCUUCGCACAUACCCACUUUCCAUUGAUAUAUACAAGGGAUCCAUUGGCGAUCCCGAUGCAAGGUUUAUGAACUUUGAUGCUAUUAUCUGCACAGAAGUCAUUGAGCAUGUCUUUCCCGACGUUCUGGAUACGUUCUUACCUUUAACCUUGGGUACCUAUCAACCGCGUGUCAUGAUCGUCACUACGCCCAACGGUGAAUACAAUGUCUAUUUUCCUGACCUCAAGUACGGUACAGAUCAAUCCACCUUUCGACACGACGAUCAUAAAUUUGAGUGGACACGACAACAAUUUCAAGACUGGUGUGAGGAGGGAGCCAAGAAGUAUAAUUAUGACGUGGAGUUUCAUGGGAUUGGAUUACUUCAUGGAAAAGAAAAUGAGUUGGUAUAUGGUCAUUGUACACAAGCUUGUAUUUUUACACGUCGAGAGAAAAAACCAGUUUUAACCCCAUUAUCACAACCGCAUCAAUUAUUGACUCAUUUGGAAUUUCCUUUUUAUAACGAUCCACCGCCUCCCGACACGGAAAUUAUGCAAGAAAUCGAGUAUUACUUGAAAGCAUUGUGUAUUUCCGAGUCCAAAUUGAGAGAAAGUUAUCUACCUUCUCAUCCUAAAUCAUCAUCAACAGCAAUUGGACAGGCGGAGGAGGAGGAUCAAACACUGGUGAUUGAUCCAGCCAUGGAUUGGAGCACAUUUCAACUGGAGAAAGUAAUCGUGUCUAGCGUCAUGACGGAGGAAGGAGCGAGGAUCGAGUCAAACCCACAAGAAAUGAUCAAGCUACCCAUCACCAGUCUUUGGAUGAUCUCUCGUAUCCAACACUUGUGUAAGACACAAGAUAUCCUAUGUGCUUAUUUACGUACUUUGGAUCCUCAUCAUUAUGAAAUACAAUCUGAUUUUAUUUGUGUAAAGCAUUUUCAACCCGAGAAUGAAGAAGAGGAUUCUCAAUCCGUCCUCUCAGACGACACUUGGUAAAAAAAAAAAAAAAAAAAAAAAAAAAA